AUGGAUGACUUUAUACUUCGUCCACUUACUCUCCAUGCCUACCUACAGUGCCUGUGGCUGUUACCGGCAGGUCAAAUAGGGAGCUGUCGUUUUCGGAUAGGCAACCAUCGACGAUUGGAGAAGCUAACCAACGAAGGCGCGGACGGAAGACUGGAAGGUAAGACUCUGUACUUCGUCCACUUACUCUCCGUGCUUUCCUACAGUGCCUGUGGCUGUUACCGGCCGGUCGAAUAGGGAGCUGUCGGUUUAG